GUGCUGCGCGGCUACCGCGCCGCUUGUUACAAGUUUCCCGUGGCGGCGGUGCCGGAGGAGCCCUGGGGUAGCGGUGGCAGCAGCAGCGGGGCGCGAUGCCCACCUGGGGCUGGCUGGGCGGGAGCGCUGCUAUGAGCGGAGCCCGGCACCUCGCCCAGGAUGCUCUGCCGUCCCGCAGUGAGCACUCUGCGGCGAGUGUCUCUUGUCCCCUGUAGCACGCUGCCAGCUGGUACCUCCCUCCUUUCUGAAGCGUAACUGGGGAGGGGGUGGAAGGCAGAGGAAGUUUGGUGAUCAGUUUUUUUCUGUAGGCUUUGGAGAGGGAUUCCCUUUGCCUCCCAGCGGGAAGGGCUGUAGGACAGGGUAUGGUGGCGGAGGGAAGAGGGCACAGCUGGGAGUCGUUCCCUGCCGCCGUGUACCUGGGGUGCUGGAUGCGAGCUCCGCGCAGCUCCGCCGAACGUAGGGGCAGCGGCGCGGCAGAUGCGGAUGCGUGCGUGUGUGUAUGCUUAACCCUUUCUUGGCUCCUCGGAUUUGUACCAUGCUGAAGAUCCUCACCAAAAAGCUCAGGAACCAGAGUUUGAACGAAAUUCAGCCUUUCCAGCUAAAGAUCUCCUAUCCCCCAAGUGAUGAAGACAGUGAUGACUCUGGAGAGAACCAGGAACUUGCUCAGAUUGACAGAGAGAGAAGACGGAAUUGUACCCUGACUCCUCUGGCCACAAACCAGCUCCAGAACCAAGAGAACCAAUGCUGCAAGGUUCGGGCCCUCUUCCAUGCCAGCCUUGACCGCCACAGCUCGGAAGAGGAGCUGGAGUGCAUCAACCGAGAGUUUACCACAGAGAAGCGGAAGUGGUCCCAAGUCAGCCGGCUCACCUGCUGCAGCAACGGCAACAUCUCCUCCUCCAGUGAUGAAGAAGUGAAGAGCUUGUGUGCGAUGUCUUUCCAGCCCGUGGCAGAGCAGGGCGAUGGCCUCCAUGCCAGCCCAAGCCCUGUGCUGUUCAGUGCCUCCCCUCCCAAGAGACUCCAGCCCCUGGUACGGAGCCCAGCCUCUGGACCUUUAAUCUUCACAAGUGUUGGGGCGGGCCUGGAGCAAGUCAUGCCUUGUAAGAGACAUCGACAAGGAUAUGGGGAUAAGGUCAGCAGGCCCAGCCUUGACCUGGAAAAAAUGCAGCAGAGCAUCAACGGAGGCCGCCCGCCACCCCACUUCAUGUAUGAUCCCUCCACUUUUGCCUUCCGUUCCCUCAGCACCUUGAAGCCGCUGAGCCCAAUAGCUCCAGUGGAAGAACCGUCAUGUGCCUACUGAAGGAGUUUCUUCAAAAAAACCUCAGGAACUAUCAACCAGUGUCCUGCCUGGCAGGGAGAAGAGGAGGUGGUGAUACCCAAGGGGAGGGGUGAGAGAAGAAGGGGCAAUGACACGUCUUUGCAAUGCAGCUGCUCUGGCAGGAGGAAGCAAAUGGCUUGGCAGCAGUGCCUGUUCUCAUACCACUGGUGGAUCCAAGCAGUGGCAAAGGGAAUGAGUUUUGUCUUUCAGGGCAAAGCAAACCAGUCAGGUCCACAAACCACAAGAACUGCCACCAAGGCAGUGUCAAACAUGGAGAUGGUGGUAACUGAGGAUACCCAGGAGGUGUUCAGGGAUUAGUACGACCUGCAAGGCAGCAGGGGUGAGUGAUCAAGCUGUGAAACGAAAUCCAGUCAGUUUCCCAAGGAUACUUGGGUCUACAGUGCUUUGCUGUAGACCUGACACUUCUCCCACUCAAAAGUGAGCUCAGGAUUGUAGAAAGAAGCUAUACCGAGCUGCUUUCAAAACAAGAAGACCCCUGUCUGAGAUUGUUAUAAUUGCAUUCACAUCAAGCUCUCGUUAAUGGAAAACCCUAGGACAGGGAGGUGUGUGGAGGAGUAACUGGCACAUUUAGCUGUGCAUUCCAGAUGAUCUGCUGGCAAUUCAGUGAUACUGUCCAAAAAGAGAUUGGAAUGGGAGAGUGAGACAUCCAUAUGUAGAUCUGGGAUUAUAAUAAAAUUCUAGAAUUGGAAGGUCUGUGUUGAGCCGUCCAGGAAAACGCAACACCCACCUUCAGUCCUCUCAGCAUCAUCAAAGAGAAGAACUUGGGGUUUUCUGUAUGCUCCUGGAUCUCCUCUCUGCUGAGGCAGUGUGUAUUCUGGGUUAUGUAAUACUUCUCCAUAGUAUUGUUCCAUUACAUGAUGGUGGAGGUAACUGGUACCACCAAACUCAAACCAAUUUAAUGUCUACAGCAAGCUUUCCACUCCCCUUGUUUAGGCUAGCUGUUAAAUUCAGAUACACUCUUCUGGUAUCAGUGGAACAAUAUUCUUAGAUGAAGCAAGGAGUAGGAAAAAGCAAUUGAUUUUGUGGCUGUUGGUGGAAGAAACAGGAGAGGAGUUUGAGUGAAGGUGGGGGACAUUUCUCCAUAGACACUUCUGAGGCUGUUGGGACCAUGCUAGGUGUUUGACUGGGAUCUUUCCUUGAGGCAUGUGUGUGUUUUGUGCCACAAGGCAGGAGUUAAUAGAACAAGCUCUUGCUUCUCCUGCUGAGGCAGAGGAACAAGGCCUUUCCUCUUGCUGCACCUGGUGGAGAGAGUAACCUCUUUGUGUAGGCAUUCCCCACCAUAAGCCUGUAUCUGACUGCAUGGGGAAGCAAGUUGUUUACUGUUUGUCCAGAUCAAGAGGAGCAACUGUGAGUAAUACAAAAUAAUUUUUGGUUCUUUAAAUCUGCCUCAGUGUAGAGUCUUUGAUGCUGCUCUUUGGUUAAGACAAAUGGUCAGUCCCGCUGCCAGUAGGAGACUACCAGUGAACUGGUGUGGGCCUUUCACUGAGACCUCUAGGGAAAAUCCAAAGCUUGGGGUAGCUUAGGAACCUGAAUCCCCCACCCCACCCUCUUCUCCCUAACUCCUGUCAUUCAGGCAGGCAGAGGAGCUGGGCAAGGUGGUGAGGGGAUGUCUGUCCUGAUGCUGUCCCAGCUCUGCCUGUUCUUUGGCUCCAGACUGUUACAGCUGGGCCACCCCCUGCACCAGCACCACCUCCAAGAGGUCACUUGUGUUUACUGGUGAGGGAUCUCUGGCAGACUGUCAUGGUUCCCUUCAAGUCCCUAUUUCCAAGAGAGCUCAAUUCCUCUGCUGAUUCCUCCUGCCUCUGUAGAAAUUCUGCUUAUCUUGUUUUGAUGGCACACCUCAGCUUUUUAACUGCUGCCAGAUCAAGCUGACCAGUGCAGGACAGGAAGCAUUGCUCCUUUGGACCAAAUCCCUGUGCUCAGGAGAUGGGACAGCCAUAGCCUGGUACCCAUCUAAGAGGCACAUUCCUUGAGCAAAUGCCUGGAGUGGCAGCCCCUGCGUGGCCCUCCAGCCUCAGGCUUUGCUCAGCAGGAGCUGCCAAGGUGCUGGGGCCCAGAGGUGUGUCCCUGCCAGCCAGCAGGUGGGGCAGGAUGCCUUGCCCUGGAGGGUGGGAGCAGGGAAAAAGGAUGUCCUGCCGAUAUCGUUGCCUUUUACUACUUUUGUAACUUUUCUCUGUCUUUUCUUUUCAAUCAGAAGAAAAAAUAAAAUAAAAAAAAAGAAAUUAAAAACCCCACAAGGAAAUAAAGUGUAACAGCAGCUAUAUUUACACCUCUGCUGGGUCUCAUGUGUUUGCCAUCUUCUAGGUGUUUGUGGGCAGGGGUAUGGAGGGGGUGGAGUAGAGUGAGCUAUGAUACAGUGCAGCCAGUCCCCCAAGCACUCCACAAUGCAAGGAGGCCACAUCUGCAAGUGAAUGGCUUUGAAAAUGAGGAUCUUUUCCAGAAUGAAUGCCAGGUUCUUUGUACGUGCUCCAUUUGAGCUAUGCUGUACUGGUAUGCUGUAUUGUCCCUCACUGGUGCUUCCCUCACCAGGAUGGUGCUUUGGCUUUUGAGUAAAUUGCCUAUUGCUUGGGCAAGUCAAAUAUAGCCUGACUGGAGGUUUCUGGCCCCCUCAAAACAGAAGGUGGGUAACUACCCCAGUGGUCUUCGACUUGAAAUUUCAACUUCAGGAAGUCUUGCAUAUCUGUCCUGAGAUUCUCCAGAGCCCUUUUGUUUACAGUGAGAGCACUUUUCCUUCCUUCUUCAUAAUUUAGCUAUAGUUCACCCCUUCCUCUGUUUUUUGCUCUAAAUGCUCCAUCUUGGGUACUUGUAAUGUGCAUUCCCUACCCCUUGCUAUCUACUUGAGCUAAUUCCUGUCUCUCCCACAAUCCUAACUCUGUGUCUUCACCAGCAUCUCACAAAGCUAUUACCUAUGUCCCCUUUUUCAAAGCCUCCUGAGAGAUAUUAGCAUAAAUUCCCUUAGAAGUCCUACUUAGAUUCCCUACCAGGACACCUUUUCCAUUCUUGCCUCCAAGCUCUGAUCUCCUCUAGGCUUCUUGCCGUCUCUCUUAUCUUGAAAUCCUCCCCUUUCUGCCAUCUGCAGUUUGUUAUUGGCCUUGACCAGUUUUGCAAGGGUUGUAGGGUGACUUGCUGGCUCUCCCAAGCCCUUGCUCUUGUACCUCGUUUACAGAAUGCUUUUCUCUGGGUUGUUUCUUCCAGUACAGCCUGAUCCCUCAGUGCACCCACCCUUGGAGCCCCAGAUGCUGUUCAAAACCAUGGUGGUGGCUAUGACUCCACAAACCCUGAUCAUCUGUAGGCCUAUGCCAGGUCAAGCUUGUUGUAAGUCUAUUUUGUAUAUGCAGAGAGAGGGGAUGCAUUGACCUUGUAUCUGCUAGGCCAGAGGUAUGGACACCAAGCGCUCUGAAGCCAGGGAAUAGCUGGUGAAGGGCAGGAAGCUGGCAUACAGCUUGGCAUUGCACAGCCAGCCCAUUGACCACAGUGAGCUGGGGGUAGAGCUGCUGCUGCUGGCCCGGGUCUGUUGUCUGGGCCUCCAGCACAUGUCUGGAUUUAGUUCAGUUGUGCCCAGCCAUCAUCUCUCCCUGCAAGCUGGGCCUCUGGGUUAACAACAAAACAGGGCAGAUUGUGAAAUGUGGUGAAAUGUGGUGAUAAACUGCCAUAUGGCAGCAACUCUGAAGCUCAAAGGCAGGUUAGGAGUAUUCAUGAAGAUCUUACAGGGUACUUUUCAGCUGUAGUACCAAUGUUACUGACAAAAGAGAGUCAGGAUGUUGGCCUCCUUUGGAUGCCAGACUCUGGCAUGUGGGAACCGUUUCCCAAAGCCCACUGCAGAAGAUACUAGUAGAAACCAGGGAAAUGAGAGCUGAGCUGUGGUCUUUGAGCAAUCGUCUUUGCUGUAGCCACUGCCCCUUGUUGCUGCCUCUGGGAUCCAUCAGAGUGGGCAGGGAUGCUGGCUGAGGUAUAAACAAAGCACUGUGUGCACAGUCAGCUUGGCGUGGGUCCCUCAGGACCUCUACUUUGCUGGAGCUACUGGCUUCCCACCAGGUUUGGGUCCUGGCUCAGCAGGGGGGCCUGUAACUUCUGCGCCCUUUCUCUGCUCUGAGCCAUCUUGUUUGGAGAUGUGCAGGUGUUUCCCUUCAGAGCAGAAAACACCCUGUGAAGAGAGCAGGACUGUUGUGCCAAAGUGCAGUUCAGUUGUGUUAACCAUCUGCAGGAGGGUGAAUGGGGAAAAGCGACUGUUUGACGAGUUUGGCUAUGGCCUCUCUACAACUUAAGCAGGACCUUUAAAGCUAAUACUGUUCUCCAGUUAAAGUAAAUUAAUUAGGUUAAUGAUAUGGCCUUUUAAAAAUAACAGAGAGGAACCAAGAUCACAGCAGUGGCAAAAUGGAUUGUUACAUGUAUACCCUGAGCCUCAGUGAGUCCCUUUGCAGCCAGCACACAGAAUUCUCUUGUCCUUGUGUUGUCCAAACAUCAUUUUCUGACAUAUAUAUAUGUACAUGCAUGCAUACCUGUGAUAUACAUAUAUAUAUAUAUAUGUAUAUAUUUCUGUCUCACUGUGUUUUAUUUCUGCAGAAAUCUCUGUCCUCUGACAGCCACCUAUAAGCAGGGUGCCCUGUGCUCACCUGGGUCAGUCUUUGACAGGGCUCCAUGUGAAGCCCAUCUGUGGCACACUCACCACCUCUGUGCUGCAAAGCACAGUAGUGCUCAGUAGUGCUUGGAAAACCCACCCACCACCCUGUUUCCAGCUGCAUGCUGAGUGUUGACCCAUCUGCCUACCUAUGGGAUUGACUAGGAGAAUGGGAAAAACUGGCAGUGCUGCUGUGGCCAGGGUUCUCACCCCAGGUUCAAUGGAGGCCACUGAAACAUGGCUUGGCACAGGAAAAACUGAGAAGAAGAAUUUCCAGCUGGGCAGACCAUCUCAUUCAAGCAACCUUGGGCUUUCCCUUGCUCUUCAUGAAGGUGCGCAGCAUAUUGUGGCAAGAUGUGGGGUGGAAGAAUGCAUUCAAAGGUGUGUAUCAAGUUAGGAUUGAAUGGGGUAUGUACAGAUACAGCAUGGGUGUGUAGACACAGUGCAUUUAUAGUGGCAUUUAUGUACCUGUGGGGUUUGUAUUUAUGGCAUAUUAGUUAUUUUUUAAUCAGAAGGACAUAUUGGAAGAGUAAAGAUAAAGGGGCAUGCAUGCAUGCAAGUGUGGUUCUGGAAGGAUGGAUGCUGGUGGAUGUGCAUCUGGAGCAUGGGCAGGAGAACCUGUGCAGAGGACGAGCAUGAACGAGGCUGUGUGGUCACAGGUGUCUGCAGGCAGUGAUGCAUGGAGGACAUACAGAUGGUUUAUACAUGCCAAGGCAAGGAUGGUAUUUCUUUCCUGUUUCUGCAGUCUCAUCCAUUAUGGUAAUAACUGGUAGACUUUUGCAGUGCAUCACACCAGUAAUGAUUGGAAAAGUGAAGAAACAUUUUCAAAUGCCUGAUCUGUGCCCUUGAGGCACUUGGGAGCUCUCACCAUUAAAUUAAAAAGAAGCAGGCACCUGGACAUUGGUGACUCAAAGCGAUCUCAAUACAAAUUAGAGUGUGAUUGUAUUCUGUUGCUUCUCAGACAAGAACUUCAGGGACAUCAAAUAGAAGUAGCAGGUGGCAGGUUCAAGGCAAACAACCAGAGGCAGAUUUGCAUAGAGUGUGGGGUUGCACUG